UUAUCACAACAUCAACAACAUGGAGAGACUGAUUUUGCAGUCGGACUGGGAUGAAGUUUUAAAGGAAAAGGAAGAAAAGACAUGGGUAUCGUACAAACAAGGGGUGCAGCGAUCCAUUCACGGAAGUUUGCGGAAUCAGGGCGUGUCGACCAGUGGAGUGCCCUAUGUGACAGGAAGUGAUGGUUUUACAGUCCAAGAAGUCACCAAGCGAUCUAUAACAGUAUCAUACACAGAUGACUCGGUCAAUCUCUCCAGGAAGUUUGUGGCUCCCUCUACAUCAUUCAAGUCCAUCCACAGUGAGAGGAAAAGUGUGGUCAGCCUGGAUGUGACAGGAGGGGGUUUGGGGGUGUCGGCAGACUCGGAGGGAAAGUUACGACUGUGGCAGACCGACACUGGGGAAGUCAGGCGAGAACUGGUGGGUCACUGUGCCGAUGUUUACACUUGUCGAUUUUUCCCGUCGGGGAUCGUAGUUCUGAGUGGAGGAGCGGACAUGCAGCUGAAGAUCUGGUCGGCCGAAACCGGCAAGUGUGCUGCCACCUUGAUUGGCCAUAGGGGAGCAAUCAACGAUACAGCCAUCGUGGACCGGGGAAGAAAUGUGGUGUCCUGCGGUAGGGACGGGGCGGCUAGACUCUGGGACGUGGGUCAGCAGCAGUGUCUGGGGACAUUCCAGGAGAUCGGGGGAGAGGUCAACAGCUGUUGCCUUGGUGACGUCAGUGCUACCCUCAGUCUAGAGGCUGGGGACCAGCCAACCAGUGACAGAGAGGUGGGAACAGAGGGGAAGUUGCUGGUUCUCGGUUGUGAAAACUCCACAGUUCAAGGUUACGGGCUACAGAUUCGGAAAAAGGUGUUUGAGUUUCCCACCCAUGGCCCGGUAAACACCUGUGCCUUUCUGUCUGAGGUGACAGCCGUCUGUGGGACACAGGACGGACACAUCACUGUCCUGGAUCUACGGAACAUCAGAGUUCCUCUACAAGAAUGGAAGGACAGUCGAUCUGCCAUCCUCUGUUUCUGUCCAUACAAAGGUGGAUUCUUCACAGGCACAGGUGAUGGAUCGUGCUUCUAUGUGGAUUCUCAGUUUCACGCUCGAGUGGAGCUAACAGGGUCAGACUGUGACCCUGUGUACGCAGUGAAGUGUGACGGAAGUGAUGUGUACACGGCGUGUAGAGACAGUCACAUCCGCAAAUACAGUCUCGCCGUGUGCGGGGAUUCACUUGUAUAGAUGCGCGCGCAUACACCAUCAUAGGAGGAAAUCCAAAGGGGUUUGGGGUCACCCCUAUGGUCGAACUUUUAACAGACAGAGAUCCCAGCCGUUAAUCUCUUUGCUGAACCGUACCCGUAUCCUCGAGGGCCGAAUGGGUGAAUUCUGUCAAUUAGCCGCUCUAUGUUAAGUCGGUACACUUAGCAGUGUACAUUUGAAUGUGUUUUUAAGAUUGUCUACGAUUUGAUUGUCUGAUGGACCACAAUAGUGCAAUGUUGGGACAAGAACGUGUAACAUGGAAUUGAUCGGGACGUGUAUCACGUGACCUGUACCCGACCAGACUGAUGGCGGAGACUUUACUGACCAAUUCCCGGCUGAUUACAGUGGAGGAGGGUGAUUUACUUUUACCCGUUUAUCGUCUGUUGAUUGCGCUGACCAUUUGUUAACCCUGACUCAUCAGGGAGAAAAGGACUGCGCACGCGAAACACUGCCCCGAUUUGUUCUUUGUAAUAUUCAUUGCUGUUUGUUAAGUUUACAUUAUAUGAAGGGUGCAUGUAUUUCAUUGUCAUGUGUAAAAUCUUUUAUGAUUUAUGAUAAAAGUUAACACAAUGAA